AUGCGUCGCAGAAUCACCUUCGUUCAACGUCCCGAGACCCCCUUCUCCCUGGAUCAAGCGGUCCUAACACCUGAUGCCCUCACCUUGCAUGGGAUUGAUGGUGCCCGUGAGGAACGGGCGACGUUUAGCGUUGAUGAGCUCCCUGAGGAGCUUGCAGAGGUCUUGAAACAGUGUCAUCAGCUUCAUCUCCGGUGGGCGUCGGAAAGGCGGUAUGAUACUGUUGCGCCGUUUUCGAGUCGGGUUUCGCCUGGAUUACAUGUUUUCUACACACCUGUUGAUGGUUCGUCUGAGGAGAACAAAUUGAAAUCGUUGUGUGCGCUAUUGAAGAGAACAUUUGAUUAUGGGUUGAAAUGCAAGAGUCCCGAGGAAUCUUUCAUUACGCCUCCCAUCCUGUCCACGCGUUUCGCUUCCACCGCUGCUUUCCAAUACCACAGUUUACUUCCGUCCCUUGACAACCUAGUUGCGUAUAUCGAGAACAAGAUUUGUUCGUCGUCCGAUGAGCAAUGCCUCCGUUAUGCUGCAUCUAUUCGGUCUGCGGACUCGGUCGAUAUCAACUACGAUAGUAUAUCGCAUUCGUUGACUGUCUUGGGGUAUUGGUCACAAUCGCCAGAAAAUGGAUGGACGGAUGAGAUACGGAAGCAUGCUGCGGGAACAGAUCAGGUUGAAGUGGGGCUAUUAGGCACUGAAACGGCGACAGAGCCUGAGGAUAUUAAGAUGGGAGGGCUACUGGCUGUUGUCGGAAAGGAUGAUCAGUUGAGUAUGCUUAGUAACGGAUUGCUGAGUGCGUUUGGUGUUGCGUACGGAUAUGGUACUGAUGAUUCAUGGGCAGAGCCAACGCUCUUCUCUUUCCCCUCUCGCCAUCAGCCUCUCCCAGAGGAUGCAACAUAUUCAAUCUCGUUUACUUCCCCGACUGGUUUGCAUCCAACCAUGACCAUCUCGAUGCCACCAUCGUCGCUUAACCACCCGCCUGCUCCGCCGGACGCGAUAUGCGCGCUUCACGCCUACCUAACGCUCCCAUCGACUGUAUUUGGUGAUAAGUAUCAGCUUUCGACCACUGACCCAUUAUUCCUGGACUCUCACAACUUGGUUGCUCUUCGCGCAGUCGCUGGAGAGACAGACCUUGAGGCGCCAGACUGGUUUGUGUCUCGCUGGGGGUCAAAUUGGUUGCUUGAGCUAGCCACACCUUCUGAAUCUGAACAAGUUCCAGCGGAGUGGAAUGUUACGAUUCCCCUCCAUCUGCGGUACUUGCGGCCGUCCGAGUCUGGUUACCGGUCCGCCCCAGUCCCAUGGCCAGUGGUAUUCUGGGCUUGCACGGCUGAGGACGGCACCAAGAUGGGGGUAAACCCCUUUGACAGGGUCAACCUUGGAUGGGAGGGACUGUUUGGGACUCGAACCAUGUUCUACCAGCUGCAUCCCUCAUCAGAUCGGCUUGUUGAGAAGUUGGAAGUUCCGGUUCUUCACUUGGAUGAUAAAGGGGUUUUCCAAAGUAAGGCGAUUGAGUUGGGGACCAUGAUUGUCAUUGGCCUCGGGUCGCUGUGGGUAUUAUGGAAGCUGGGUGCGAUAGCCUGGUCAUCUGGAACACGGCCACAAAGAAGGAGUACCAAGCAAAAGAAGUCCGAAUAG